GGACUGCUGACCUUCAGGGAUGUGGCCAUAGAAUUCUCUCAGGAAGAGUGGGGAUGCCUGAGCCAGAGUCAGCGGGAACUGUAUCGGGAUGUGAUACUAGAGACCUACGGUCACUUCGUCUUCUUGGGUCUCAUUGUAUCAAAACCAGACCUGGUCGUUUUGUUGGAGCAAGAGAAGGAUCUACGGGGUCUGAAGAGAAAGGAGACAGCAUCCUCACACCCAGGUAGGCGGGAAGGAUACAGAUGACAGAGUGAGGUCUCAGUGUG